UCUGUGGGAACAGCCUGGCACCUCACCUGACACCUGACGACGCUACAGUGGCGGCCUCCUCCCACCCCCUAAGGGGACCAGGGAGCCCCUGGGCGCCGGCGCCAACAGUCUCCUCCCCCGACGUCCUGGGAGCCACAGCCCCGCCUGCUGCAGGCCUGGGCCGGACGCGCCGUCGGAGGGAGCGGCUGAGCCAUGGGGAAGAAGCGCGACGCCAUCCUGGACGCGCUGGAGAACCUGACGGCGGAUGAGCUCAAGAAGUUCAAGCUGAAGCUGGGGGCGGCGCCGCUGCGCGAAGGCUUCCGCCACAUCCCGCGGGGCGCGCUCGGGCCGCUGGACGCCGUGGACCUCACCGACAAGCUGGUCGCCUUCUACUGCGAGGACUACGGCGCCGAGGUCACCGAGGCGGUGCUGCGCGACAUGGGCAUGCAGGAGGAGGCGGCGCGGCUGGGGGGCGCCGCGUGAGUUCCCGCGCCCGCCGGCCCUCGGCUACUCCUGAGUCUCAAUGAAAACGGACGAGGUCGGGAGCGGUACGGUUUUCAGCAGAGGAGUCCGGGCCGGAGAAGGGCAGUGCUGAUGCGCGGGGGCUGGGACCACGCAGAAGCCCUCCGACCCGAGUCCUGAGGCCGCGGCCACUCCUCCACCGCGGGACCGACGGCCGCUGCGCGCCUCCAGCCCCGCCCCCCGCCCCUCGCUCUGCCCCUGCACCAAUAAAACCUUCGUGACAAACCUUC